GACUGAGGUAAUAUCACAAGAUGAAGAAAUUAUUUUCUCCUAGGACCAGCCUUGAAAAAUAGGAGUGUCAGCCUGCCUUGCUGGUGUUAUAUUCCAAGAACACCACCCUGUGUUUUGUAUUCACCUUGGUCUUAAGAUUGCCAGUCUAGCCUGAUCCACCUUUUGGAAUCUCCCUGGAGGUCUUCUGAGCAAAUCAGAGGCAUCACACAUCUCUGACCCUAUAAUGUGGGCUAAUCCUCAUUGAGGUAGACAAGCUUCACAAAUUAAGCACCUUAGUAAAAACAAAUCAUGACAAGACGUGAAGCAUUUCUACAAGUUGUAUCUACAGAUACUGUUGAAGAGUUUGUGCAUUAUAUGCAGCUUCAUAAGGAUCCAUUUGAUCCAUUUGAUCUGAAUGAAUUGCUUCAGGAAUUACCAAGAAAACAGAAGGAAGCAUUAUGGGAGAGGCUGACGCAUCUAUUAACACACAUUUUGGUAAAGAACCCAGUGGAAGGAUGGCAGAGGAUUGAAGAUGAAAGUGAUGAUGAUAUGGAAAUAGAGGAAAGUCCAAAAAUGAAACAAAUGAUAGCUGUGAUCCAAGGGGUGACAACUGUAGUUACUGCUUCGAUACCUGUAGUAGAUGAAAAUAUAAACUACAAAGCUCUUCUAGAAUGUGCUCUAAUAUUAAAUGGUAUUCUUUAUGCAUUAUCUGAAUCUGAAAAAGUCCUACAAGGUGCCAUCCAGCAAUUAUGUGCUAUGUGGUGGGAGAAAGGACUGGAAGGAAAACAACAACUGGGGAAAACAGCUUUUAUUAUGCUGCUAAGAAAAAGUCUGAAGAGCAAAACUGCUACGGGUGCAGAUAUACUUCGUCUGUGGCAUCUACACCAGACAUUACUGUGUUUUGAUUAUGACCUCGAGGAGACUAAUGAAGUAAAAGAUUUGUUGCUUCAGUGCUUUAUGAGUGUUAACCAUAUAAAAAAAGAAGAGGGAAGAAGAUUCCUUAGCUUUCUGUUGAGCUGGAAUGUAAACUUCAUUAAAAUGAUCCAUGGGACUAUUAAAAACCAGUUGCAGUGUUUUUCAAAAUCUCUGAUGGCAUAUGUUGCAGAAAUUUAUUUCAGGGCUUGGAAGAAGGCUUCAGGAGAGAUAUUAGAGAUUCUUGAGCAUAAUUGUAUUCAGGAUUUCAUGCAUCAUGGAAUUCAUCUUCCUAGGAGUUCUCCAGUGCAUCCUAAAGUGAGAGAGUUACUGAGUUACUUUCACAAACAAAGUAAAGUUCGUCAGGGAGUUGAAGAAAUGCUGUACAGAUUGUAUCAACCUAUCCUUUGGAGAGCAUUAAAGGCCAGAAACUCAGAAGUUCGAUCAAAUGCAGCAUUAUUGUUUGUUGAAGCAUUUCCUAUUCGUGAUCCCCAUUUUAAGAAUGAGGAUAUGGAUAAUGAGAUUCAGAAACAGUUUGAAGAACUUUUCAGUCUUUUAGAAGAUCCUCAACCAUUGGUCCGCUCUACAGGGGUACUUGGUGUUAGUAAAAUAACAUCCAAAUACUGGGACAUGAUUCCUGCAACCAUCCUUGCUGAGCUUUUAAAAAAACUAAUUGGAGAUCUGGCUUUUGAUGUAACUUCAGCUGAUGUUCGUUGUUCUGUUUUUAAGUGUCUGCCUAUAAUUUUGGACAACAAACUAAGCCACCCAUUAUUGGAACAGCUCCUGCCAACAGUAAAAUACAGUCUCCAUGACAAUUCUGAGAAAGUGCGAGUGGCAUUUGUUGAUAUGCUGCUGAAAAUUAAGGCUGUCAGGGCUGCUAAGUUCUGGAAAAUUUGUCCCAUGGAGCAUCUUCUGAGUCGCCUUGAAGUUGAUUCACGUCCUGUGUCACGACGCUUAGUAAAUCUCCUAUUCAACUCUUUCUUGCCUGUUAAUCAACCUGAGGAGUUAUGGUGUGAACGCUGUGUUACACUAAUCCAGAUGAAUCCAGCAGCAGCCAGAAAGUUCUAUCAGUAUGCUUAUGAGUAUACUGCUCCCACCAACAUAGCUAAAUUCAUGCUCACUAUUCGGCGCUGCUUGAAUGCCUGCAUCCAGAGAGCAAUAAAAGAAAAUCAAGAUGAUGAUGAAGAAAGUGAAAAGGAGAAUAUAAGUAUAUUAAAUAAUGUGUUGUCAAUAAACGAUGUGGCUUCCAUGGCAAGUUUACUGGAGAUUACUGUGAUUCUCUGGAGAAGUAUUCACAAAGCCCUUGAUCACAAUGAAGAAGCCAAAGGUUACACAAUCAGAAAGUUUGCCUCUGUACUACCAGAAUAUUUUAAAGUUUUUAAGGAUGAUCGUUGCAUGAUUCCAUUAGUUAUUCUGGCAUCUUUCAUGCCAGCUUCUGCUAUUCCUACAUUCAGCUGUGGUGUGAUCUCUAAAUUGAGGAAUCUUGAGAAGGGAGCUGAUGAAAAUAAAUACUCUACCCUGAUAGACUGCUUGUGUCGCUGGGGACAAGUGGGACACAUUAUGGAGUUAAUCUGUGAUUGGAUGUCUGAUGAGAUGACACCAAGAAAGAGCAAUAUAGCAUCUGAGCGGCGAGUACGUAUCCAAGUAACAUACCAGUCAAAACCAGAAUUAGCACUUGAUUAUCUAGAAUAUUUAUUGACUCAUUCCAUGAAUCGGGAUUGCCUGCUAUCUGUCCCCAAAAAGAAAUUGAACCAGCUUUUGAAAGUACUUGGAGCUGCAAAGGAUAUUCUUGGCUCGAUUAUGAAAGCAACUGGUGCAGGGUCUCAUAGCUUCAAUCAAGCAACUGUCAUAAGAGCCUUCACCCUCUACUGCAGAUUAAGUAUUCAUCUUCAGCAGAAGUUUUCUUCUGAAGGAAAAGUUUAUCUUUCACGUUUGAAGGAGACAGGUGCUUGGAUAGAAAGUCAUGUUCUACCUUUUAUUCUAAUGAAUGAACAGGAGGAAAAUGUUCUAGAGCAGCACGUUGAAGUUUCUCAGCUAAUCAUCCAGGCGUAUCUGACAGUGUGUAAGGAUGCUAUAAUGGUUGGCCUUGGAGAUACAGAGUUUCAAGCACACCUUUUAGAUGUUACUCUUUCAAUUAUGCAAACAGAAAGAGGCUGCUUUUGUAUUCCUACAUUACUUUGUAUUCUAAAAGAGAUUAUUGAAGCUUCUUUGACUCAAAACAUUGAUACGGAUGAAGAAUUGGCAACAUUUCUCCAUGCUGUUCAGGCGCUGUUCCAGAAAAUUUUAGAAAGUGUGGCACGCAGGCUCAGAAAACAGCGGGAAGAAGGGCUUCAGUUAAUUCAUUCUAUUCAAAUGCCUCUUGGAGAAUUCAUACACACAGUCCAAUGCUGGUGUUCAUCUUGUCCAACAGUUCACCGUGGUGUACUCUCUACUCUCCUAGCUGCAGUAGUGGUUGAGAUAAGUCACACACUGCGAAAGGCUUCAAAUGCAGAAGAAGUUGCACCACCAGGGUCCACUGCAGACCUUCCUCCACUUUCAGGCACUUUAAUGGCAAUGAUAAUUAAGUCAAUAAAUGUGGUCAGGUCAUUUUUAAAUGAAUUAAUGGAAUGCAUUGUCUGUGAAGAAAUUGAAGGAAUUAUUAGUCUUACAGCUGCUGCGUACAUAGUUGUUAUAAUCAAAGGUAAGCACAAAGCUUCACUUGUUAAGGAUAUUGCACAUGCCCUUCAAAAGAAGCUGACGACAUGCAGAGAAGUAGCCAUGGAAGAAUCUAGCAACUUUGAAAGAACCUUGUAUGAAUCAUCUGUGAAAAUUUUGGAGGACAUCUUGAAUCCUUGACUGUACCGCUGCCUUCAAGUCAUGAAAAAUAGAAAGAAGGAAGAUGUAUUGUUUUUUAUAAAGCCAAGCAAUAUGUUACCUUGAAAAACAUAUUUAAUACAACAGUGAAUUGUUGGAAUGCUUGUAUUAUGCUAGCUUAUACUUUGUACGUACGUGCAUACAUUGAAAGUCUUAGCAAGAAAAUGAAUGACUUUUUUUAAAAACAAAUCAGUUUUAUAUUCUUUUCAUAUUUAAAACAAUUGUGCAAAACCUUUUUUUAAAGUAUGCAGAAAUGUUUUGUAUAUACAUAGAUAAUGUAUUAUUAAAGAUUUUGGAAUGGC